AUGGUUAAGGAUAUUUUUAAAUUUCAUUCAACAUUCGACCCGGCCAUAGUUACGUGCAUUUUAUUCUAUAACCCAAACAAAACCAAAUAUGAUCUGGAUAUUCUGGGCGAAUCCUUAACAGACGUAGCAAACGCAACUAAAAUCUUGAGUAGUGAGGCAAAGAAAAUAGGAUUACACAUUAGUGAAGAUAAAACCAAAAUAAUGGAACUGCUAGAAAGUGAUGAAGACCCCAGAGUUACGGAAGAUUUAAUGUAUGAAAAAGUUGAAAACUUUAAGUACCUGGGUGCAACCCUGAGUACGAAAAAUUACUGGUCCAAAUGCCUCUCUAGAAAAACCAAAAUUAGGCUGUACACAGCGAUAAUUAGACCAACUCUCACAUACGGUUGUAAAGCGUGGACAUCAACCAAGCAAACUGAAAAAAGCUGA